AUCACAUAUGAGUGUAAUUAUACUCUCAGCUCUUGUACUAUUUUUCAUAGUAUAUGAUCUAACUAUCUAAGGUAAUAGUGAUAAAUAAAUAAAUAAUAAUAAUAAAAAAUGUUGUACCCCAAUAUUUAAUUGUAUCAUUGUACCACCAACUGAUAUAGGUAUGGGUUUUUUUUUCCUCCCAAGCCAAAGUUCAACCUAAAUAAUUAAACAAUGAUAAAAUAGACUAUUAACUAUUUUUAAUUAUAAAUGUAUUUUACAAGAAUAUGAUUAUUUUAAUUUGAGGUAUUCAAUUUAAUUUUCAUAUCUCAUACUGCUGAAAAUGCCAUGUUCCUAAUAUAACAUAAUAUUUAUUUAGUUUUAUUAUAAUGUAUCUACUAUAUAUAUUAUUUACUAUUUAAUAAUUGUAUUAUUCAUAUUCAAUUGAUUCCAUUACCUAUAAGUUUUUUUUUUUAUUCUUAUUUCAAAAAUAAAUUAAAAGUUGUUUAUUUCUUAUCAAACAGUCUUGUCCACACAUUGAAUGCGUGAAUAAUAAUAUGUAGGUAAUCAUUAAUGUAUUAAUUGUUAUCUAUAUCAUAAUGAAUUAUAUUUAAUUUAACUAGAUUUUGUAAAUUAUGUGUAUUACACUAUUGUGUGUGUACUCAGCAAAGAAAAUAUCACGACAGUUGAUUUUUGUAUUUAAAACAUUUAGAAUGGCUUCAAGUAUUUCAGGUAAUAUAAAAUGACUUCCUAAUAAUACUAUUUUUAUCAGCACAGUUCUUAUAAGUAAUAUAUUUUUUAUUAGGUUUCCGAGUGGCUGUAUUGCAAUUGACCGUCACUGCUGAUAAAUCAGCGAACAUAACUAAUGCAGUGAAUCGCAUACAGCAAGCAAAAAAGGAAGGCUGUACAUUAACCAUUCUACCAGAAUGUUUCAACUCACCAUACAAUACUGGUAAAAUUAAUUAUCAGAUAAAUUGAAUUAUGGAUAUUAGAUUAUAAUAUGAUUUCAGUAAACUAAAAAUUAAAAAGUCCAACAGUUGGAUAUUGUACUGAUAAAUCAUAUAAUAUUAUAAAUACUGGUCACCCAAUUAAAUUGUUUAAAAAAAAAAAAAAAACAAAGUUCAAUAGUUAAAAAUUAGAUUUACAGUAAUUUUAUUAAACUCGAAAUUUUAAACAGAUUGUAUUGUUUGUAUUUAAAGGUUUGUUCAGACAAUACUCUGAAAUCAUUCCCGGUGGUGAAACAUGCCAAGCUUUAUCUAAAGCUGCCAAAUCAAAUGGUAUGUACAUUGUGGGAGGUUCAAUCCCGGAAAUACAUGAUGAAAAAGUUUAUAAUACAUGCACAGUUUGGGAUCCUAAUGGAAACAUGAUAGCCAAACAUAGAAAAGUACUUAUGAAGUAUAAUUUGAUUAUCUAUUGCUAAAGUAUAAUUAAUACAGUUAAACUAUGAUAAAUGGAAAUUCUAUAAACUUUUAAGAGGAUUUAACAUUUAUACAUUUCAUUUAAAAUCUUAUAAAUAAAUAGAUUAGUAGGUAUUUGAACUGAAUUAAUUAGAUAAUAUUAUAAUUUUCACAGAAUGAAUAUUACAUAAUAUAAAUUCAUCAUAUAUUGGUAUGUAUUAAACAAUUUUACUUACAUGCAUAUUAUUAUUAUUUUAUAGAUGCAUUUAUUUGAUAUAAAUAUUCCUGGUGGUAUUUACUUCAAAGAAUCUGAUGCCUUGACUGCAGGCAACACACUCAAUACAUUUCAAUUAGGUAAAUUUAAAAUUGGCCUGGGAAUUUGUUAUGAUAUACGUUUUUCAGAAAUGGCAACCCUAUACCGGAAGCAAGGUUUUUCAUAAAAUUGUUAACACAUUUUUAAAAAAUGUUAUAAAAAAAUAUUGCUUUUAGGAUGUGAUAUGCUAAUAUAUCCUAGUGCUUUUAACAUGACAACUGGACCUUUACAUUGGAGUUUAUUAACUAGGUGUCGAGCAGUAGAUAACCAAGUAUUUGUAGUAGUUGCUUCACCAGCCAGGGUUACUAAUUCCAAUUAUAUUGCAUGGGGUCAUUCAAUGGUUGUUGAUCCUUGGGGUAAAAUUUUAAGUGAAGCCAGUGAAAAAGAUAUGAAUUUAUAUUUAGAUCUCGGUAAAUAUGAUUUUUAUUUAAAUUUUAAUGUUCAUCAAUACAUUAUGUUAUUUAAUGUUUACAGAUUUUAAUAGUCGAGAAACUAUAAGGCAACAAAUACCAACUGAAAAUCAAAGAAGAAUUGAUAUUUAUGAUACAAUUGAAAUUAAAUAAAUAUUGAUUAUAAAUUUAUGAAAACUAUAAUACUUACUAAGUUUAUAAAAUAAGAAAUUAAACACAUUAAAGGAUAUUAUAACAAGAUUUGUUAACAAUUAUUGAUCUUUUUCACUAUUGACAACUAUUCAAUAUACAUUGACAACUCGUUUAGUUUUUAUGAUACCUAAUAAAAAAGUUAUGAAUGUUUAACAAAACUUAUAAUAUAUUACAUUUUAUUAAAAUAGUAUUAAGUUUUCUAGUCUGUUAAUGAGGGAACGGGUUGUUUCUGUGUAUACAUACUGAACUCUGCCAAUAUGGCAGUCAAUCAAGCAGUCAUUUUUAUUACAACACAUAAUGAUGUUGUGAAGGUAACCAGUUUCGGUUAGCACGGCACUGAGACCUACAAGAGAGCUCUUGUAGGAGGCCAUAGUUGAAAGUUUUGUCCGUUUUUCUAUGAGAAAAGUUAAAGCAUUAGCCAUAAUGCAUUAAACUUCAGCAUCAUACAGACUUAAGGAAUCGAAACCUCCGUAUUAACCUAACAUAUAAACUAAGUCAGCCAUAUAGUAGUACAGGAAAAUUUAAGCAUUGAAUCUAUUAAAACAAAAGAACUGAACUAAAAUAAAGUUUUUUGCCUUUAUGUCUAAUGAACUAGUAGA